AUGAUUUUCGAACCUGCAGAGAGAACUCUGCUCCCGACAAAGGAUCUUUUGUCCUACAUCUUCGAUGAUCCACCUUACGACCAGGACAAGCCGAUUUAUAUCGAUGUUCGAGAUCCAACGCGCUCGAUCUCGUGCAAUCAAGCCCGCAAGUUGAUACGUCUGCUCAUCGCGGGGCUGAAAGCAUCCGGUCUUCGCCAAGGGGAGUGCGUUCUUAUUCACUCGUUCAACGAUAUAAACUACAGCAUCCUUGUGCUUGCUAUUAUCGGCGCUGGCGGAGUCUUCACCGGCUCCAAUCCCGCAUACACCCCGACGGAGCUGGCCCACCAUAUCAAGAGUUCAGAAGCCAAAUUUUUGAUCUCGGAACCCGAAAUUUUGAAGUCGCUCUUGAGCGCAGCUCAACAGACUGGAGUGCCCGAACAGAAUGUCUGGGUCUUCAAUAAUCUUGGCCAGACGGUUCCGACCGGGCGAAAGUCAUGGACGGAGCUGCUCAAGUUUGGCGAGGCCGAUUGGGUGAGGUUCAAUGAUCUGGAGACAGUCCGAACGACAACUGCUGCGAGACUGUUUAGCAGUGGAACGACUGGUCUUCCCAAGGCAGUCAUGAUCACCCACUAUAACUUGAUCGCGCAGCACGAGCUUGUGGGAGCCGAUCCACGACCUUAUCCGAUCUCGCGGAUCAUCGCUAUCCCAGUCUUCCAUGCGGCCGCUGUCCCCAUCACUCACAUAUCAACGCUGAAAGCAGGAACUUCUGCUUAUGUGAUGCGGAGAUUUGAUUUGGAGGAAUAUCUGACCACGGUCGAGAAGUACGGUAUUACUGACUUGGUCGUGGUACCGCCCAUCGUCAUUGCGAUCUUGAUGUCACCCGUCUCCCAGAAAAGGCCUUUCCUUCGCAAAGUUCGCUCCGCCGCGUCUGGUGCAGCCCCUCUAGACAAGGACGUCCAGGCUCGUUUCCGCUCACUCCUGGGCGACAACGGCCCUUUCACUCAAGUCUGGGGGAUGACAGAGACAUCCUGUGUGGCGACAAUGUUCCGGUAUCCGGAGCACGACAGCACGGGCUCAGUGGGACGACUGAUUCCCAAUGUUGAAGCGAAGCUGAUUGACGAUGAUGGAAACAACAUCUCGGCCUACGGGGUGCGUGGAGAGCUCUGCGUGCGAGGGCCAACCGUGACACCGGGAUACUUCAAGAACCCCGAGGCCAAUGCGCAUUCUUUUGACUCGGAUGGAUGGUUCAAGUCUGGCGACAUAGCCUACUGUGACCAGGCUACCCGAAAAUGGUAUAUUGUCGACAGGAAGAAGGAAUUAAUUAAAGUGCGCGGAUUUCAAGUUGCACCGCCGGAAUUGGAGGCGGCGCUUCUGUCACACCCUCAGAUCAUUGACGCUGCUGUGAUUGGAAUCACAUUCCCCGGGGCUGAUACGGAGUUUCCUCGAGCAUAUGUCGUCCGACGUCCUGGCAGCGAAGGACAAAAGCUCACUGAGCAAGAUGUUCAGAAAUAUGUUCUGACGCGGCUGGCUCGGUUCAAGGCGCUGACGGGUGGUGUGAAAUUCGUUGGAUCGAUUGCUCGGAACCCGAGUGGAAAAAUCUUGAAGCGCAUAAUCAGAGAGGAAGCAAAACGAGAGAUCCAAGCUGGUCAAAUCAAGCCGCAUCUAUGA